CUCUUCCUCGCUUGCUCCCUCUUGCUCCCUAUUUUUGCUCUGUUCUUCCCUAUAUCCUGACGGCUGUCUACCUUAGAAGCUUGUAUUAUUUGCCCAUUGCACCUCAAGAAAGAUGUUGCCAAAUCGAAUGGGACUCGGUCUGCGUCCACCUUUGCCAUCUUAUGGCCAAGGCCCCUCAAUGUCGGCUCUUGCACAGCAGGCAAUGCAAAAUCAACAUUUUGCUCCUCCACCAGCACAAAAAACAGUUCAACUUUUCGUCGGUUCGAUAUCAGGCGGCGUUACAGACGGGUUUUUGAAUGAAUUGUUAUCUGCCUGCGGCAUAAUCAAAUCUUUCAAGCGCCUGAUAACCCCUGCGAAUAAACCUCAAGGUUUCGGGUUUGUGGAGUACGAAGAUCCAGAUAGUGCAUUGCGUGCUAUUUCACUGCUGAAUAAUGUUGAAUUACCCGCUUUGGAGGACGGGUGUGCGAAUAAGAAGCUUUUGGUCAAAGCAGAUGAGAAGACCAAAGCUUUUUUGGAUGCUAUCAAUUCUCAGCGAAUGGCAACUAACUCGGACGAAGACAAAAUCAAAUUAGCAAAACUGAAGAUCGAGAAAUUAGUGGAAGAUAUCAACAGGCAGUCUCAAGACGCGACAAACAACGGUCUCCUCGACAAGGAAAAAUACGUGAUACCCCCUCACCUCCAUGACCUCCAAGAAGCCGAUUUGCCGGAGACACAAAGAGGGCUCGUGAUUUCUGAAAUUGCUAUGUUUAGAGAACGUGCUGCGAAGCGAGAGCGAGAGAAAAUGCGAGAUGUACAGGCCAACUUUUCUACUGCGACCGCGCCUAGUGGACCUAAAGUACGCGAAUGGGGGAAAUCGCGGCAACCACCUACGACUCCUUCAUCUUCCACCCCCCUUAUACCUGCAUCUUCUUCAUCAAAAGGCAAAUAUGGUUAUAACGGAUUUGUGAAAGAAGAAUCUGGCUCAAGCGAACGGAAAGCGAAAACUGACGAAGAGCUUGAGCGGGACAGGAAGGAAGCUAGGGAACGUGAUGAAGAGGCCUCUUUCCAAGAUCGGGAGCGUCGCUAUGAACCCCGUGAACGACAGCGAAUUGCUGCCUUGAGACGAGCGCUAGAUCGGGACCAACACGCCAAGGAAGCCGAAGAAAGAGAUCGCGUUGAGAUGCGCGAACGGUUAGAUAUUUGGGAUGAUGAUGAGAGUGACGAACUCUUCUAUGUUGAUCGGGCACGUUGGCGCCAGUUACGAGCACGUAAACUGGAAGCGGAGGAAGCUGCAGAUGCAAAAGCACGGAAAUUCGAAGAACAAGAAGCAGAAAAUUUGAGGCGCGAGUCGGAAGACUUUUUGGCUAGGCAGAUGGACGAGAUGAAUGCUCUUGCGGAAGAGCAACGGAAGGCAGGGCUUCUGUUGGAUGACGGUGCACCUGUCAAAUUGAAUGUGUCAUUGGCCCCGCACCCGAUCAAGGAAGGAGGUAAAGAGAAGGCGACUACGGUGUUCGCGGAGGAGGAAGAGGAGGAGGAUGCGAUCAAGAAACGGAAGACGCCUUUGGUCAAGUUAGACUUUAGUGUGGCCGAGACUGGGGAAAAGGCGAAAGAGCGAUUAGAGAGGAUCAAGGAGUCGGUACCGCACGACAAGGAGGGCUUAUUCAAGGCGAGAGUCAGAUGGGAUGGUCUAUCAGAUACGGUUAUAGACAGAAAAUUCGAACCACUAGUCAAACGUCUAAUGUUUAAAUAUCUCGGUGAGAUGGAAGAAGAGGACCUUAUCUUGUUUGUCCUUGAGCAUCUCAAAGAUCACAAGUCACCGCAAAAGCUGGUGGAUGGUCUCGAACCCGUGCUUGAAGAGGAGGCUAUUGAAUUGACGAAAAGCGUGUGGCGCCAAAUCAUCUUUGAGAGUAUGGCAUAUGGUGAAGGACUUCUCACCGAAAAGAUGCUAGUUGACUAGGAAUGUGGCCCAGGGAAGGCUGGGGCAGUACCUUGAUAUUGCGUCACGCAUGUGUGGGGUGGAGGUACUUGUAGGGAUGUUUGACAUGGGAAGAAGACUCUGGUUUUCUGUGACGUGAGUUCACCUUUGAUCUCCAUGAGAUGUAAUGAUAUUGCUUUUUUUUAUCUUUCGAAACUUCAUCUGCGAAAGUAUGGAACCACACUUGGAGAACCGAUACAGAUGGAUGAUCCAUUGCUUUGGACAGAUGAACAUCAUGAAUGCUGAGUCGUAACUUUUCUUUAUACUAACCAGCGUUUCGUCCCCCCAAAAAAAUUUGCUCAUUCCUUUUCGACCCUUGCGGAUUGUUCGACUUCCCGCUGUUUCUUGGAAAAUGAUGGGGGAGCUACCCAUUUUUACUUACUCCUGCUGUAGCGGAUCAUGAUCAUCAUCGGUGGCUAGGUGGGACCGUAUGUAUGGUACCCUCCGUUGUAUUCCAUUUUCUUUGACGCAAUCUGGUGAUUACUGGUUUGACUGAGG